AUGAAGAUUUUUGAACUUAGGGGAAAGCCCCUAUUGGCAGUCAUCAUCAUCACGUCGGGCCUCGACUUCAUGCUCUUUGGGUAUGACCAAGGGUUGUUUGGAGGAAUCCUCGGGGGCCAGCGUUUUAAGGAUACGCUUGGUAAUCCCGACGCGACUAUGACCGGCCUUGUAACUGCCAUCUACGACAUCGGGUGUGCUCUGGGUGCUGUGGCUGCCUUCGUGUGGGGCGAGAGGAUCGGAAGGAAGUGGUCGAUUGUCUGGGCCAAUGUCAUUGUCAUCGUUGCAGCAGUGAUACAGUGCACAUCUUUUGAGUAUUGGCAGAUGUUUGUUGCAAGAAUCAUCGGCGGACUCGGCGUUGGACUCUCUACGGUGGCCGUACCGAUCCUCCAGUCCGAAACCCUACCAGCACACAACCGGGGAGCUCUGCUGGUCAUCCAGUCGGCGGUCACCAUUCUAGGCGUUGCCCUUGCUUCCUGGCUCUGCUUCGCGACCUUGUACGCGAACAGCUUGAUGCAGUGGCGUUUCCCGGCUCGACAAGUGAUAUCUCGGCUUCUAGAUAAGCAUCCAGACGACGACGAGGUUCAGGGCCAGUUGCAGGAGAUCCUGGAGGCUCUCAGCUUAGAGAGCAGGAGUAGCGAACCCUUCUGGAGUGAGGUCUUCAGUAAUUCGACAAAGUCUCGGAAUCUGCACCGCGUCUUCCUUGGUAUGGGUCCGUACAUGAUGAACCAGUGGUCGGGUAUCAAUACUUACACCGCUGCUGCUGCCGCCGUGGCGUUCAUGUUCAUCUUCCUUGAUUGCUUCACAUUCGGUAUUAUGCCCGUCUCUUGGUAUUAUUCAGCCGAGAUCCAGCCCCUGAACGUGCGUAACAAGGCGACAGCAGUCGGCGUCUUCAGCCAUUGGAUGAGUAACUUUGUGGUAGUCAUGGUCACGCCCAUCGGUCUGAACAAUAUCCGCGGCCACUACUUCUGGGUCUGGGCGGCGGUUAGUGCGUCUUGCGUCCCUCCGACUUGCUUCUGCGGUGUUGAGACGUCCGGCCGCACUCUCGAACAAAUUGAUGUCAUGUUCUACGAGAACCCGAGGAUACUGAUGGGACUCAACCCGGAGAAUCGGCGUGUUGUUCGAUCAACCGUCGCAGACGAGGAGGAGCGCUUCAAGAAUUUUGCGCACGCAAAGGAUGCCAAUGUGGAAAUGGUCGAAGAUGUGUCGCAGUAG